GAGGCCGUCGCGCAUUGUUUGGCGUCACUCAGCCGACGCACGAUGGUCCCUCGGGCGACGGGCUCGGCCGGAUGUGGGCCGACCGAAGUCCAGAACCAGGGCCGAACUCCGUGUCCGAGCCGCGCCCCACUUCGGCGCAUCCCAUGAUUCCCAUCAAUCGUUCACCCGCCGCCGACGACCCUUCGCCUCACUCGCAGGGUCCCAAAGACCACUGUCAGUACGUUGGGUCAACAACAACAUCACACUCGCCCCGAUAGCUCCCAAGGCGGUUACCUCAUAGUGCAGCUGCUUUGACCGGGAGCGGACGUGAUUCGCGAGCCAAGCGGGAUACACAGCACCACGCACCCAUCCAGCGACUCGGCCGCUUCCGAAAACCGGACAGCGCAUCCGCCAACACACGGCGUUGCAGCACCAUAUGGGAUCGCAUCAGCCACGGCUUGUCGCCACCGACAGAGACCAGGACGGCCUCAAGAUAUGGAGCUGUGUCACCUGUCGUCGCCGCAAGGUCAAGUGUGACCGCCGCGACCCUUGCGCCAACUGCGUCCGCAAUGGCGCCGAGUGCCACUUCCCCGUGACCGGCCGCCUCCCGCGCCGCAGUCGAGAUCACACGGGUGCCUUUUCUGCCAGUGCUUCGUCGUCAAACCGGCAAGCAGAGCUACUCGGCCGGCUGCGACGACUGGAAGACCUCGUCACGGAGCUCAGUGGCCAGCUCGAAGACGGGAGCUUGCCGCCGGCCUGGCAGCAACAGCUGGGGGCGCUGUCUUCCGGAUCGUCGGCAUCAGCGGAGAGGAACCCCUUGUUAGGCACGGAUGAAAUGUAUGAGGACUUUGGUAGGCUCGUGGUUGACCAGGGUGGGCGACCGCGUGUGGACAGAGGCUUCUGGUCCAUCUUUUGCGACGAGGUUGAGCACAUAUUUCAGGCCAUACAGGAUGGCUCAGAGGAGCCCGAGAUAGCAGUGCGGCAGCGCAGCUCCACAGACAACUGGUCUGCGCCGGAUCACUGCCACGGAUACCUGCUGGGCAUCUCAUGCGCAUCUACGACCGACGAAGACCUGUACCCGUUACCUUCUCAAAUACCCUUCCUCUGGAACACGUUCGUACGCAACGUCGAUCCCUUCAUCAAGGUACUCCACGGGCCGAGCGUAGGGCGCAUCAUCAGCGAGACCAAGGGUAAGCUCGACGCUCUCGGCCCAGGUAUCGAGGCCAUGUUGCUUUCCGUCUGCCUCGCUGCCAUCGUCUCGCUGGGCCAGAAUGAAGUGUCAGAUGCCUUCCGGAUCUCCCGAACCGAGAUGAUGGCCCGCUUCCGGCUGGGCGUGGAAAGAAGCCUCGGUCGCGCGCAGUUUGCGACAACUAGGGAUGUCGCGGUCGUCCAGGCGCUAGCCAUCUAUCUGUCCAUCCUUCCGUAUAUUGGGGCCUCACAGCUGGCGUCGACAGUGACAGGUGCCCUUGUGAGAAUUGCGACAUCUAUGGGACUGCAUAAAGACGAACUCGAUGGGAAACAGCCAAACAAGGCCGCGGGUGUCGAGAUAGAAACAAGAAGACGGCUGUGGUGGCACAUUUGCUUCAUCGAGUGCCGAGGCAUGGAGCCGGGUCUGCCUGGGACUGGCAUUUCGGAAGCUGGGUUCACCACUCGAAUCCCGAGCAAUGUUGAUGAUGAUAAGAUUCCCGACACUUCUGGUGCUACCUUUGCUGGCGGAGAGUUGCGGCAAACACCAACGACACUGGCGAUCGUCCGUUGCGAAAUUUGGCGACUUCGCAGAGCUCUUCGUGGCCGACCCGACGACACACUACCUAUGCAGCUGCGAAUAGUAAACGACGCAAGGACAAGAAUCGAGGGCGUGUGUCCAUUAGAUCCUCGUUCGGAGGAUGCAUUUGUGUCGUUUCUGCAAACCAUCACUGGUCUGGCCCUUGCGAAAUUGGAACGAGAAAUCUACCGACAGCAUCUGCGCACGUUCUCCACAGAUUCAGGGGCCCCGGCGCAUGAAUCGAGCCAGUUACUCGAGUUGAACGUGGCCGUCAUUGAUGCCAUGCGAGAACUGGGGGCCAACCCGGCCUGGCAGAGGUGGCGAUGGCAGCUCCAGGGACGCUUCCCGUGGCGGGCUGUUGGAUUCGUCUUCGUCCAGCUGUGCCAGAUGCCAUGGACACCGGCUUCUGAGCGGGCAUGGGGGCUCGCACGGGGGCUCUUCGAGGGCCUCCCCGACGGGGCGAAGCGGGACGCACAGUGGCGGCGGUUGAAUGAGCUGGCCGCCAAGGCAGCUGCCCAUCGGGGGAGAUUGCUGGAGGAGCGAGCGAUGGCGCGUGAAGAUGGCCUGGAUUGGAACGUUUUGCACAUGGAUGAGACCAGAGCUUGGCAGCCUAACGUCGAGCACUUUGCGUCCGACAUUGCGGCUGGGCAUCAACUAACGGCUUCUGGAGGAGAUGGAGCUGUGGCCAGGACCAUGCGUCUUGGAGGUGGUCGGGAAGAGGCGGCAGAGGACAGAGCGUUGCAGCAAGGAGGCGAUGCUCAUAUCACGACUUUGGAAAUCGAAAGAACUCAGACUUUGUUCGCUGAGGGCGAACUGGAGGAGAGUGUGGCUGCUGACUGGGAAAGGGAUGAAUACACUGUCGACGACAUACUGAUGGACUGGCCUGACUGGGAUGACGGGACCGACAUGGACAUUUUUUGACCGAGAAGACUGCCCAGGGCAUUUUCAAAUAGAAGCCGGAUUGAUGCCUCCUAAGUGAAAUAUUAGGCAUUUUUUGCAGGGC